AUGCCUGGGGCGGGCGCUGGCCGAGCCGCUACGGCAGGAGGCGGGGACGCGGAGCAGCGCCGAUAGCUUCGUGGCUCCGGAAGCCCCUGGACGUGGCCGAGACUGCUAGGGCUCUGCCAGCCCUCUGGUGUGCUGUUUCACUUCCAUGACGACAGGUUAUCCCCAGCUGCAAAAGAGGAACCAGGCUCAGGGACGUUAAUGACUUACUCAAGACUGCACAGCUAGUAACUGGUGGUAAAGGGGAUUGAACCCUGGAAGACUGUCAUGCAGCCUUCUUACUCAGCUCCCACCAGAAAGGAGAAUUUAGGAACUAAGAUAGCUUUUAAAAAGCCGGCAACAACUGGAGUAAGACCCUAGGAAGUGAUGUGGCUGAGUUAUGGUUUUGAACAGUCCUUCUGGCUUCACAUGGUGACCACCAUGAUCCCUUGGGUAUUCUUGGCCUGUGCCCUCCCUUGUGCAGCUGACCCGCUGCUUGGUGCCUUCGCCCGCAGGGACUUCCAAAAGGGCUCCCCUCAACUUGUCUGCAGCCUGCCUGGCCCCCAAGGCCCGCCUGGCCCCCCGGGAGCCCCAGGGCCCUCAGGAAUGGUGGGAAGAAUGGGCUUUCCUGGAAAAGAUGGCCAGGAUGGCCAGGAUGGGGACCGGGGGGACAGCGGAGAGGAAGGUCCACCUGGCCGGACAGGUAACCGGGGAAAGCCAGGACCAAAGGGCAAAGCCGGGGCCAUUGGGCGGGCCGGUCCUCGCGGCCCCAAGGGGGUCAGUGGUGCCCCGGGGAAGCACGGCACACCAGGAAAGAAGGGGCCUAAGGGCAGGAAGGGGGAGCCGGGCCUCCCAGGCCCCUGCAGCUGCGGCAGUGGCCACGCCAAGUCUGCCUUCUCAGUGGCAGUGACCAAGAGCUACCCAAGGGAGAGGCUGCCCAUCAAGUUUGACAAGAUCCUGAUGAACGAGGGCGGCCACUACAACGCAUCCAGUGGCAAGUUCGUCUGUGGUGUGCCGGGGAUCUACUACUUCACCUACGAUAUCACCCUGGCCAACAAGCACCUGGCCAUCGGCCUGGUGCACAAUGGCCAGUACCGCAUCCGGACCUUCGAUGCCAACACGGGCAACCAUGAUGUGGCCUCGGGCUCCACCAUCCUGGCUCUGAAGCAGGGUGAUGAGGUCUGGCUGCAGAUCUUCUACUCAGAGCAGAAUGGGCUUUUCUACGACCCUUACUGGACUGAUAGCCUCUUCACAGGCUUCCUCAUCUAUGCCGACCAGGACAACCCCAAUGAGGUAUAGACAUGCAGGUGUUGGGUCUCCAGGGAGGUAACCAGAUCGUGGACUUCCAGAAUAAGACCCCUCAACUCUCUUCUGAGUGGGAGUGGGACCUCCCAGCCUCGGACAUUCCUCCUCUGCCCAUUGUUUCCUCCAUCAUUAAAUCCAAGCUUUUUUAUUCA